CAGUAGUUACGAUCAGCAUUACGUCAUGCUUGUGCCAUUAAUGCCUUUGGGGUGGCAUGGAGGGGACAUCGACGUAUACGCCAAGGUUACCAGUUGCUACAUAGAUACACACCCCCACAGAUGUGAAACAUCCUCGAACGACCAAAGUUGUUUGCUGCCCUACAUUGGACAUCGACCAUAUGAAAUUACGAUCGGCGAGGUAAAACCUCGUUUUUAAUCAACGUUAUUGCGAUGGAUAACGAACAAAACUGGUUUGACAAAUUUACUGUUAUUGUGGAACAGAAUAUUAGAGGUGUGCAGAUCGGCAUAUAUUCUGUGGGCGUGAUCGGACUUGUUGUGGCCUUGAAAAGUGUGCGACCGUUCUCACGCUUUGUAAGGCCUCAAGACAUUCCAAAAACCUUUGUGGAACGCCAUGUGCCGUUAAAGGGGCGAGUCUUACGGGUAGAACUAGGUGGUCCAGCUACACCACCAUUGCUAAUGGUGGAUCAUCAACCAAUCAUAUCCCUUACACGGCAGUCGUCUUCUUGUCUACCUGUACAUAUUGCUGGUGUCGACAUUUCUGGCAAUGGAAUUUCUUGGAUGCAGUCUGUACUGGUUGGAGAUCAAGUGAAGUUCACACCACUGAAAAUUAAUCCAAGCAGUGUUAGCUGCAUAGUGAAAGCUUCGAAAGGUGAUGUGGCUGUAGACCUCGUUUCAGUGGGAUUUGCAACAGUGUCAGCAUUGGACUUCACACUGGAAAAAGAUCAGCUUUACAUCACAUACUACAAAAGACUUUUGAAGGCUGAGAAACAGGCAGAGCGUAAGGGGCAUGGUAUGUGGGCCACUAACAGCACAUGGUUCCAACGGAUAUGGAGGAAGGUCAGUGCAAGACUACAGCCAAGACUGUUGCUACCAGUAGUGUUACGGCGUUCUUGAAUAAGCUUUCCAUCCAGUUCCUAAUAGGAUACUAUAUUGCUACUGGUUGUGUGUAGAAAAUUUAACCAUAAUUGUGUUCAUCGAUGUGUCAUUAUGGCUAUCCAGAUUAUAGUCAACAGCAGGUAGCUACUAGUAAUAGUAGUGACAAAACAGGAAAUCUGUAAAAUAACAGUACAACAAGAAUGAAUGGAGUAAGGCCAAGAGUCACACAAAUUUAAAAAAAAAAGGCUGCAUCUCUAGAUUUCAACAUUUUUAAAAUUCCUUCAUUAUGAUGAUGAUUCAAAACUGAUUGAGGAAAGAGUAUAUGCAUAGGCACUGAAGCAGAAAGAAAAAAAGGGGAGAGAGAGAGAAAGAGAGAGAGAGAGAGAGAGAGAGAGAGAGAGAGAGAGAGAGAGAGAGAGAGAAGUGCAUUUAUUCUGUGAUACAAAUGUGGCACAAGAUAAAAUUGUAUCUUUCCUGGGUUAUGUUUUGCAGAAACUUUUCUUUUCCUUAAUCACAUGUGUAUGUACCGUUUCCUUUUCAUAUUUCCAUUCAUCUCUCAGUUGAAGGAAUUUUUAUGAAAUGCUAAAAUUUGAGGAUAUAACCACACUGCUGUGUGUGUGGCCCUCACUCCACUUGGUCUUGUUUUCCCAUGUGAUUAAUAGAUGUUUCUCUUCUGUCACACACAUCAUCAUGUUUGUACUUAUUAAUUUAAUUUUUUUGUGCAGCAUUGAAGAUGACAUAUUGAAGUAAAAAAACAAAAGCAGGUUCAAAUCAAAGGAAAGAGGUAACAGUUUCAAAAUAGCUAUGUACUGGUAUUAACAUGUGUCAUAAGUGGUAGUACAUAGUUUCAAAUAUUAUUUUUCAUUGUUAUUUAUACCAUUGUGGAUACAUUUUCUAAAAUCUUAAUUGGACAAUAAAAUCUUGUACAAUUUUCUGUACUGAUACUGAUUUGACUGAUGACAGUGUAGUGCAUAUUUCUGACUUUUUUAUUGAAAAUGGAAUAACCAUUGUGGCAGUAUUUCAUAUCUUGCUACAAACAUUAGCAGUUUACGCUGUUGUCUGAUAUACUAUGCAGUUCUUAUACUUCAUGUAACCCAAUUAAAAACUGUUCUUAUUCCAGAGCCUUUUUUAUUUCUUAUGUUAUCAUGUCAUAAGGAGUGACUGUCACUCACUAAAUUGAAAAUAAUGAAAAAAGUCAAAUUAAACAUGUAACUGGCUAACAAGACUUUUGAUCAUGGUGCUUCUUUUAUAAAAACACAUUUGUGCCUUAGUGAAAGAUUGUGAAGGUUGUGAAUAUGUAAUUUAUGUCAAUUUGCCAGUGGUUAUUUUGAUAAUUUGGAUGUAUAUUCUGUAAAUAAAGUGUUUUCUCUUAAUACAA